UAAUUGUUUGUUCGCGAGUGAAUACGUGACUGCUACGAGGAAACAACAAAGGAUGAAACAACAAAAGAAAAGGACAUCUGGAAAAGUAUCAGACAGUCAGAAAGUAGGGAGAGAGCCUGAAGCAGCCAGAGACAUGCGGUAACAGAAAACAGAAGAUAUAAGAAAGCAGUAAAGAGAUUUAAUAAUUUUGCUUCUCUGAUAUUAUUAUAAAUAGGAAAUUACAUAUCGUAGAAAAUGCGCUCGAUUGGCAAUGUCAUACGAUCUUUUAAAACUCAUCUUUGGAGCUUUUUCAAGACUCAAUCAAAGGCUGAAGAGAUGAAAAUAUCCAAUUCUGUUCAUGCUUAUGAUAAUUAUUCUUUUGGUAAAUAUAAUAUAGUCCAACCAUGGGUGGUUUCUGAUAGGGUAACUGUACCUGCAUACAUACCCCAGCCAUCCUAUAGCGAAUCAUCAAUACCUAAAGAAGAGGGACCAAUAAUACCUGAGAUAAAAGAUGAAUAUCAAAUAGAAUGUAUGAGGCAAAGUUGUAAACUUGCUAGUCACAUCUUGCAUCAAGUUGAUACAUUAAUUAAGCCAGGUGUUACGACUGAUUUUCUUGAUAAACAAGUACAUGAUAUGAUCAUUGGCAAUGGAGCUUAUCCCAGUCCACUCAAUUAUCAUGGUUUUCCUAAAUCUAUAUGUACAAGUGUUAACAAUGUUGCAUGCCAUGGUAUUCCAGAUAGUAGACCUUUACAAGAAGGUGAUAUACUCAAUGUCGAUAUAACAGUGUAUCUUAAUGGCUAUCAUGGAGACUGCUCAGCCAUGUUUCAAGUAGGUGAAGUCGAUUCAGAAGGCAAACGAUUAAUAACAGUCACAGAAUUGUGCUUAAACUCAGCUAUUGGAAUAUGCAAGCCUGAUCAACAUUUCUGCAGUAUUGGUAAUAUAAUAGAAGAUAUAGCAAGUAAACAUAAUUUUAAUGUGAUACCUGCGUUUGUUGGCCAUGGUAUUGGGACUUAUUUUCAUGGUGCACCAGACAUAUUUCAUUGUGCAAAUAAUUAUUCUGGAAAAAUGAAACCAGGGAUGACAUUUACUAUUGAACCAGUUUUGACUCAAGGAAUGAUACAGGUUGAAAUUUUGGAAGAUGGAUGGACAGUUUGCACUGCUGAUAAUGCUAGAACAGCUCAAAUUGAACAUACAGUUUUAAUAACAGACAAUGGAUGUGAAGUAUUGACACUCUAGUCCACAAUUAUUGUUACU